AUGCAUGUGCGAGAGCUGCAGAUGUCAUCAGCAUUGUACCGGUGGCGUGGGUUUCCCUUGUCAAAUCCUCUGUAAUAGUUUCUUCAGACUAAAACAUCAACUAGGACCGCAUUUGGCUUCACAAUGAGUGAGCGCAAGGGAACAGCGAAGUUGGAUUAUCUGAGGAAGAUCGAGAGAGAGAUCCAGGAGCAAUGGGAGAAGCAGAAGACAUUUGAAUGUGAUGCACCCACGACCAUUGGGGAAAGCACCAACAAAAACAAGUACUUUGUGACCUUCCCAUAUCCUUACAUGAAUGGCAGAUUGCAUCUUGGCCACACUUUCAGUAUGUCAAAAUGUGAGUUUGGUGUCGGUUACCAGCGCUUAAGAGGGAAGCAGUGUCUUUUCCCAUUCGGCUUGCACUGCACAGGAAUGCCCAUCAAGGCGUGUGCAGAUAAGCUGAAGAGGGAGAUGGAGGUCUAUGGAAACCCUCCUGUGUUCCCUGAUGAGGAGGAGAAGGAAGAGGAGAAGCCCGACUUCUCGGACGAGAUCAUUAUUAAGGAUAAGACCAAGAGCAAAAAGAGCAAAGCAGCAGCGAAAACCGGUACGGCCAAGUUCCAGUGGGACAUCAUGAGUUCUCUGGGUCUGACUGACUCUGAGAUUGUAAAGUUUGCCAAUGCUGAACACUGGCUGGAGUACUUUCCCCCUCUGGCUAUCAAAGACCUGAAGCAGAUGGGAGUCAAGGUGGACUGGAGGCGCUCCUUCAUCACCACUGACGUGAACCCCUUCUACGACUCCUUUGUCAGGUGGCAGUUCAUCACCCUGAAGGAGAGGAAAAAGAUUGCAUUUGGCAAACGAUAUACAAUCUACUCUCCCAAGGACGGACAGCCCUGCAUGGACCAUGACAGACAAACAGGAGAGGGAGUUGGACCCCAGGAAUACACUCUCAUCAAGAUGAAGGUUGUGGAGCCAUACCCCGCCAAAUUCAAAACAAAAGUAUUUUACAGCAGUGGCCUGAAGGGCAAGAACAUCUUCCUGGUGGCCGCCACCAUGAGGCCGGAGACCAUGUUCGGCCAGACCAACUGCUGGGUGCGGCCCGACAUGAAGUACGUGGCCUUCGAGACGGCCAACGGUGACGUGUUCAUCAGCACGGCCCGCGCCGCCCGCAACAUGUCCUACCAGGGCUUCACCAAGGACAACGGCGUGGUGCCCGUGCUCAUGGAGGUCCUGGGACAGGAUAUUCUGGGCUGUGCCCUCAGUGCCCCACUGACCUCCUAUAAAACCAUCUACGCUCUGCCCAUGCUAACCAUCAAGGAGGACAAGGGUACCGGCGUGGUGACCAGCGUACCAUCUGAUGCUCCCGAUGACAUUGCCGCACUCAGGGACAUCAAGAAGAAACAGGCCCUGAGGGAGAAGUACGGCAUUGAGGACAAGAUGGUGCUGCCUUUUGAGCCGAUCCCCAUCAUUGACAUCCCAGGCUUAGGCAGCCUCUCUGCUCCCCUGGUGUGUGAUGAGCUGAAGAUCCAGAGCCAGAACGACCGGGAGAAGCUGGCCGAGGCCAAGGAGAAGGUCUACCUCAAAGGGUUCUAUGAGGGGAUCAUGCUGGUGGAGGGCUACAAAGGUCAGAAGGUCCAGGACGUGAAGAAGCCUAUCCAGAAGAUGAUGGUGGAAAGGGGCGAGGCUGCGGUUUACAUGGAGCCUGAGAAGCAGAUCAUGUCUCGUUCGGGGGACCAGUGUGUGGUGGCUCUCUGUGAUCAGUGGUAUCUGGACUACGGUGAUGCAGAGUGGAAGGCACAGACCAACCAAGCUCUGAACUCUUUGGAAACGUUCUGCGAAGAGACCCGGAAGAACUUUGAGGCCACGUUGGCUUGGCUUCAAGAGCAUGCCUGCUCACGUACCUACGGCCUCGGAACACGGCUACCAUGGGACCAGCAGUGGCUGAUUGAGUCUCUAUCGGACUCCACCAUCUACAUGGCCUACUACACCGUGGCGCACCUGCUCCAGGGAGGAGUCCUCAACGGGCAGGGAGCUUCCCCGCUGGGCAUUAAGCCAGAGCAGAUGACCCGGGGUGUGUGGGACUUCAUCUUCUUCAAGACGUCGCCCUUCCCUAAGACCUCCAUCCCCAAGGAGCACCUGCAGAAGCUGCGGCGGGAGUUUGAGUACUGGUACCCUGUCGACGUGCGCGUCUCGGGCAAGGACCUGGUGCCCAACCACCUGUCCUACUACCUGUACAACCACGUGGCCAUGUGGCCCAAGGACAGUGGGAAGUGGCCCCAGGCGGUGCGCGCCAACGGACACCUGCUGCUCAACUCUGAGAAGAUGUCCAAGUCCACCGGGAACUUCCUCACUCUCAGCGAAGCCAUCGACAAAUUCUCAGCAGAUGGCAUGCGUCUGGCCCUGGCGGACGCAGGGGACACGGUGGAGGACGCCAACUUUGUGGAGACCAUGGCGGACGCGGGCAUCCUGCGCCUGUACACCUGGGUGGAGUGGGUGAAGGAGAUGAUCGCCAACCAGAGCAGCCUGAGGACGGGCAACCCGGACACCUCCAAUGACCGAGUGUUCUCCAGCGAGAUGAACGCAGGUAUUCUGAAGACGGAGCAGCACUACGACAGGAUGAUGUACAAGGAGGCUCUGAAGAGUGGCUUCUUUGAGUUCCAGGCGGCCAAAGACAAGUACCGCGAGCUGGCCAUCGAGGGCAUGCACCGGGACCUGGUGUUCCGGUUCAUUGAGAUGCAGACCCUGCUCCUGGCCCCCAUCUGCCCACACCUCUGUGAAUACACCUGGAGCCUCCUGGCCAAGGGCGGCUCCCUGAUGAAGGCGUCCUGGCCUGCGGCGGGUCCAGUGGACGAGGUCCUGAUCCGCUCCUCUCAGUACCUGAUGGAGACCGCCCACGACCUCCGACUACGCUUCAAAGCCUACAUGCAGCCCCCCAAGAGCAAGAAGGGAGACUCCCGGCCUCCAGGCAGGCCGUCUCACUGUACCAUCUAUGUGGCCAAGAGCUACCCGCCAUGGCAGCACUGUGCCCUGUCCCUGCUGGGGAGGCACUACAAGGAAAACAAGGGGGUCCUCCCUGACAACAAGGUGAUCUCCGUCGAGCUCGGGGCAAUGCCGGAGGUGAAGAAGUACAUGAAGAGAGUCAUGCCCUUCGUGGUCAUGAUCAAGGAGAACCUGGAGAAGAUGGGCCCCCGGGUGCUGGACCUGGAGCUGGAGUUUGAUGAGCGCAACGUGCUGACGGAGAACCUGGUCUACCUCACCAACUCCCUGGAGUUGGACAAGAUUGACGUUGUCUUUGCAUCAGAGGGGGACGACAAAGUCAAGGAGGACUGUUGCCCAGGGAAACCCUUCAGCAUUUUCCGAACAGAGCCCGGUGUGUCCGUGUCCAUGGUGAACCCCCAGCCGUCCAACGGGCUGUUCUCCACCAGCCUGGACAUCAGACAGGGAGACACCAGGGACAGCGUGGUCCGGCGGCUCGCCAAGAUCAACAAACUCAUCAAAGAUCUGUCCCGGGUGAAGCUGAUGCGCUACGAGGACCCCCUGCUGGGGCCCCGGCGGGUCCCCAUCCUGGGCCGCGAGGAGCAGGGCAAGCUGGCCCUCUCCGACAAGUCCACCUUCAGCGUGGACCUGGGGGAGGGACGGGUCACUGUGGCCGACAACGGCCUCUCUGUGGACAUAGGGGACACUCUGGUGUACCUGGUUCAGUAGAGACACACACACACACACACACACACACACACACACACACACACACACACACACACCCCUACCCCUAC